AUGGCUUCAAAUAUUUUAGGUUCUCUAAAGUCAAUAUACUCCGAAACAAUUAACAAUGAGUUACAAAAAACAUGUCAACAUCUUAUGAAAUCACUUGAAGAGAAUUCAAUGGUAUUACAAAAUGCUAUUCAAAAGUUAUCUGAACAUAUAUUAAAAAUUGAGAAUGCUUUACUUUUUAAGAAGUAUUUGUCAAACAUAUUAUUGGCAUUAGUCUCUGCUAGGAUACCAUUGAAGCCCGUUUUCUCCGCCUCCAACUAUGAUACUUGUAGUGAUGAGGAGAAGACUAGUCAUUUGGAGUAUUCUAUUAUCUUGGCAGUACUCAGUGAUCACCCUGAUAUCUUGCAAUAUGCUCUAAAAUAUUUUGAAAUCAAUGCAGUGCCACCAUAUAUGGUAUUCAUUCAUCAUGAGGAGUCAUAUAAUGUUGCUCCUAAAAAGCGUAGACUGCAAGACUGUCGACACAAGGUUACAGAUAAACAAAUAGUGACAUGCUGUUAUACUCUCCUCUCCAAAUUGCCUAAUGAACUAUCUUCAAAAUGGGAUUGGACCAAGUUUGUAACAAAUUUUAGUAGUCAUGAGAAUCCAGAAAUUAGAUGGAUGGUGAAAGAAUGUAUGGUGAUUCUUACAAACAUGACAGAAGCUCAAGCAAAGACUCUAUCCAAAAACUUGGCUUUGUCUGAGGAACGAAAUCUACUAUACACACCUGUUAAGGAAUAUUCAGUACAACCUGUAGAAGAAAUUGUUACUGAUGUGAAUCUGAAUUCAAACAGCGUUGUUAACAUUGAUGGUAUUAUGUUACCUCUCUAUAAUGAAGACAAUGUGUCAGGUGACCAUCUUGUCUUGGUUAAAUCUACCAUCAAUAACUUGAGAAGUUCAGCACUAGCUGUUGCUUCAGGUAAAGCACUUUGUCUAAUGGGUCCAGUAGGAUCAGGCAAAACUUCCUUAGUUGAACAUUUGGCGACCAUCACUGGCCGAAAAGGGAUUGCCUUCAAGAAGGUACAGUUAGGUGAUCAGACUGACUCCCGAAUGCUGCUUGGAUCUCAUCAGUGCACUGAUAUACCUGGUGAAUUCAUAUGGAGACCUGGUGUUCUAACAGAGGCUGUUCAAAAUGGCCAUUGGUUGCUAUUGGAAGAUAUCGAUUGUGCCGCACUGGACGUGGCGUCAACACUGAGUUCCCUGCUGGAAAGGAAUGCAUUAUGUGUCCCAGGCUACCGGGAUUCCUUACCUGUCACACCUGGAUUCCAACUGUUUGUUACACAGAGGACUUUAGUCACAAAUUAUGGCUUUCAAAAGAAAAUGUCCAAUUCAAGCGCACUCUUGCAGAAGCAUUUAACUCAAAUAAAUGUAGAACCUCUAUCAAGGUCUGAGCUUGGUGACAUAAUACAAACACUUUAUGCGCCCCUCUCCUCCAUAACGCCUAGAAUGAUUGAAGUCUUCAUGAUGUUUUCUGUUGGUAAUCAUGAUACUUCUUUGCAAACCACUGAAAAUAUCAUAUCUGGUAAAGAAACCAAUAUUAACAUACUAAAAGGUUCGAGGCUCAUAUCUACAAGAGAUCUUAUAAAAUGGUGCACAAGAUCAGUCAUAGGUUUUAAUGUUUCAAGUCCAGACUCCGCUCUGAAAGUUCUUCAAAAUGCUUUGGAUAUAUUUACCUGUUCAGUAUCUGCACCAGAACAUAGACUUCAGUUAGCUAAAAAGAUUGGCACCUGCUUAGGAGUUGUGGAAACUAAAACGGAAUUUUAUUGCAAACAUUAUAAGCCUAAUGUAUCUUUGUACCCCAGUUUGUUGGAAGUAGGAAGAGCCAAGAUGCCCCGACUAGAAAAGACUUUAGAAUCUGUAGACUUUGACAACAAACAAGUUGUAUUUUCUUUUACCCGCCAAACAGCAUGUUUGCUGGAAAAGAUUAUGUGUUGUGUAACGUCAAAUGAGCCAGUACUAUUAGUUGGCGAGACUGGAACUGGUAAAACAUCUUCCGUCCAAUAUUUGGCUAGGCAAACUGGCCAUAAACUAGUCGUCAUUAACAUGAAUCAACAAUCAGACUCUGCCGAUUUACUGGGUGGAUAUAAACCAGUUGACUUGAAAUAUGUUAUCAGACCAAUCAAGAAUGAAUUUGAAGGUUUAUUCCGAAGUUUUUAUAAUAUUGAAAAGAAUAAAAAGUUUCUUGGACACAUCAAUACUUGCUGUGAAACUGAAAACUGGACUGCGCUUUUGACUUUAAUGAAACAGAGCUUCAAAGCAGCUGUUACAAGAUUGACAAUUGAUAAGAAAGACCAAAAAUUAAAAAAAUGGAUAGUUUUUGGUCAAAAACUUUCAAAAUUAGAACAACAAAUUAAAACAGCAUCAAGGUUAACAUUUGCAUUCAUUGAAGGAUCUCUCGUGAAAGCCAUGCAAGAAGGUCAUUGGGUGUUACUAGAUGAAAUUAAUUUGGCCUCUGCAGAGAUUUUAGAAUGUCUCGCAGGUUUACUAGAAGAUAAAAAUGAAAGCAUUGAUUUAUUAGAAAAGGGAGAUAAAGUUCCCAUAAAAAGGCAUGACGACUUUACAUUGUUUGCUUGCAUGAAUCCUGCUACAGAUGUUGGCAAAAAGGACUUGCCAAUUGGCCUAAGAAAUCGGUUUACAGAGUUUUUUGUGGAUGAAUUGACUGAAAAAAAUGACCUGAUGCUACUCAUUGGUGAUUACUUGUAUCAUAUGAAUCUUAGUGGCGCAAUCUUGGAUUCUGUUUGUAGUUUCUAUGCUAACGUGAGAAAAGAGGCAAAAUUGAACCUGGUAGAUGGUGCAGGGAAUGCCCCUCACUAUUCUCUAAGAACACUCUGCAGAGCUUUGACAGCUGCAGCUAAAGCAAAAUGUGGCACAGUUGCUAGAUCACUGUAUGAAUCAUUCUGUUUGUCUUUCCUCACCCAACUGGAUAGUGCGUCACAUCCUAUUGUUGAAGCAAUGAUUGCCAAAGCAGUGAUCGGGAAGAAAACUGUUAAAUCGGUUCUUAAUCAACUAAUCCCUGAGCCACAAAUUUUGGGGCAAAAUUUUCUACUAUUCGAAGGGCAUUGGAUCCCACAGGGAAAAUUAGAGAUAACAAUACCAGAGGGGUAUAUACUCACUCCAACAGUUAGGAAAAAUCUUCGAGAUAUUGCGCGAAUUAUAUCACUUGGUCGUCUACCGAUACUUUUGCAAGGAGACACUUCUGUUGGUAAAACUUCAUUGAUUACUUACAUUGCAAAAGCUUCUGGUAACUAUUGUGUGCGAAUAAAUAAUCACGAACACACAGACUUACAAGAAUAUAUAGGUUCAUAUGCCUCUGAUGCCAAUGGAAAACUUGUCUUCCAAGAGGGAAUCCUGGUUGAAGCAAUGACGAAAGGACAUUGGAUCAUUCUAGAUGAACUAAAUUUAGCUCCAAGUGAUGUUCUCGAAGCCCUCAAUCGAGUAUUAGAUGACAAUCGAGAGCUGUUCAUUCCAGAAACACAGCAAGUUAUCAAAGCUGAUCCCAACUUUAUGCUGUUUGCCACUCAAAAUCCGCCUGGUUUGUAUGGAGGUCGUAAAAUGUUAUCAAGGGCUUUCAGAAAUAGAUUUGUGGAAUUACAUUUUGAUGAAAUACCCCGAAAGGAAUUGGAAAUAAUAUUACAUCAGAGAUGUCAUGUUCCUCCUACGUAUAGUAAGAAAAUGAUCGCAGUAAUGGCCGAGCUGCAAGUGAGAAGACGUGGUUCCGCCGCUGUUCAAGGUAAAGAUGGAUUUAUUACCUUGAGAGAUUUAUUUAGAUGGGGACAAAGAUAUAAACAUGCUUCAAAAAACACACUCACAGAUGAAAAAUUCUAUGAUUGGGAUCAACACAUAGCUGAUGAAGGAUAUCUUAUACUAGCAGGCAAAGUUAGACAAACUGAUGAAAGAACUAUAAUUGAAGAAGUUAUAGAAAAGCAUUUAAAAAGGAAAGUCAGUCCUGUUAACUUAUUCAGCCUUCACCAGGCUACAUCGCCCGUGACUAAAUCUAUUCUAGAAACAAUUCUUAAUAAUCAAUUGGAAGAAUUUUCUCAUGUUGUUUGGACCUAUAAUAUGCGAAGGUUGGCUAUUUUAAUUGCAAAAGCUUUUGCUUUUGAUGAACCUGUACUACUGGUUGGAGAAACUGGUUGUGGAAAGACUACAAUUUGCCAAAUUCUCGCUACUCUUACCAAGUGUAAACUGCUGUCUGUGAAUUGUCAUAUGCACACAGAGAGUUCUGACUUCUUAGGCGGUCUAAGACCUGUGCGAUAUUAUAAAAAUGAUGGAAGACUAUUUGAAUGGGUUGAUGGACCUUUAAUAAAGGCAAUGGAACAAGGUGACAUGUUUUUAGCAGACGAAAUAUCUUUAGCUGACGAUAGUGUAUUAGAAAGAUUAAAUUCGUUACUUGAGCCAGAAAGACAGUUAGUAUUAUCUGAAAGAGCAAUGGAAGCUAAUUCUGAUAUUGUAGUUAUAACAGCACAUAAAAAUUUCCAUAUAAUCGGCACUAUGAAUCCAGGAGGGGAUUUUGGUAAAAAAGAACUGUCACCUGCUCUUCGUAAUCGAUUUACAGAAAUAUGGUGUGAUAGUGUAUCAUCUCGAGAUGAUUUGACGGCUGUAUUAGAAAAAAGCGUCAAUAGAGGAAUUUCGUUAGGAAAUCAAGAAGAUGGGAGCUCUGGUAUUGGCAGCUCUAUUUUAGAUUUUGUUGCUUGGCUAAGAGAUUCUGAGGUAACGAACAAAUUCCCGUUCAGUAUUCGGGAUUUACUGUCUUGGGUACAUUUCAUAAAUGCUACAGUAGCAAAAGGACUUCUAGAUGCUCCAGAAGCCUACGUUCAUGGUGCAUGUAUGACAUUUUUAGACUGCUUUGGAACAACUUUAACUGGUCACAUUGAUUCAGAAACUUUAAUAGUGUUACGUAAAACAGCUAUUAAUUUUCUACUAAAUCAAAUUAAAUCUAUCGGAAAUGAGUAUUUACAGAAUUUAAGAGAAAUGUUGAGCAACAAACAGACGGCUUUUACCGCAGAAUCUGAGGUUACGAAAUUUGGUAUACAACCAUUUUACAUUGAAGUAGGACCACAUAUGGAUAUAUCUGAGGACCAAAAAUUUACAUUCACUGCACCGACUACAGGUUCCAAUACAUUACGAUUAUUAAGGGGAUUACAAUUGAAUAAAGCAAUACUUUUAGAAGGAAAUCCUGGAGUCGGUAAGACAAGUUUGGUCACGGCUCUGGCUAAAUCUUCAGGGCAUAAAGUGGUCCGUAUCAAUUUGAGUGACCAAACUGAUAUCACAGACUUAUUUGGAACAGACUUACCAACAGAAGAUGGAUCUUUUAGAUUUAAAGAGGGUAUAUUCUUAAAUGCUCUUCAGAAUGGCGAUUGGAUACUAUUAGACGAAUUGAAUCUAGCACCUCAACCUGUUUUGGAAGGUCUCAAUGCAUGCCUAGAUCACCGCGGUGAAGUGUAUAUACCAGAAUUAGGUAAAACAUUCAAAGUGAAAGCAGAAACAAGAUUGUUCGCGUGUCAAAACCCGUUGAAGCAAGGUGGUGCUCGAAGAGGUCUUCCCGUAUCAUUCCUAAAUAGAUUCACGCAAGUAUACAUAGACACAUUGACUAAAGAUGAUCUUAUGUAUAUUAUUGAGUCUCAAUACCCAAUAUUACCUUACGAAGUACGACACAGAAUAGUGGAGUUUAAUUGCAAAGUUGCCCAUGAAAUUACAGAACUUCAAUCUUGGGGGCAUAAGGGGGGACCUUGGGAGAUGAAUUUAAGGGACAUACAAAGAUGGUGUGAUGCACUUAUAUAUGAUCAAAAAGAUGAUAGAUUAGUAUCCCCCGGUAAGUUUGUCGACAUGCUGUAUAUCAAUCGGAUGAGGACGUUGGAAGACAAAGAGAAGAUGUUGCAAAUUUAUAAUUCUAUUUUUUAUCCUGAGUACUUCAGAAGUGAUACAACUCCACAAUUUGAAAUUCAUGACAAUGAAAUUGUCAUAGGAGAUGUUGCAAUUAAAAGAAAUAUAGAAAAGAAUCUAAAGAAUCGUCACUCUAUGGAAACAAAUUUCUUAAUUUUAAGAAACCAGUUGUCAUCUUUAAAAGCUUUAGCACAAAGUGUUAAAAUGAACUGGUUAUCUAUACUCGUCGGUCCUACAGCCACAGGUAAAAGUAGUAUCGUACAAAUCCUCGCGGACCUAACAGGUAACGACCUUCAAGUUAUACCUGUAACUUCAGCUAUGGAUGUGUCCGAUCUCUUAGGAGGGUUUGAACAGGUCGAUUUAAAUAGGAAUCUCGAAAAUCUAUUUGACAAAAUAGAGACACUGACCAUACAAAUUGUACGAAAUAUUUGGUUAGCGGAAAACAGUCACCAGUGGAAUUCAAAUAACUUACUAACUCAAUUAUAUAAAUAUAAGUCAUUGCAAAAUUAUAGUAUAGAUAAUGAGAUCAGUAAUGAUUUUAAUAAGUACAACAAAAAAAUACAAUUUCUAUUUAAACACUGUGAGAAAUUAGCUGAAUACAAUACAGCAUUCUAUGCGUCUGCUAAACUAAAAGAAAUAGUAAAUAGUUUAAAAAAAUUGGGAUCAAAAUUGUCUCAAACAACAUCCGUAAAUGCUGGUGGUAAAUUCGAAUGGAUUGACUCUUUACUUGUAAAAACUAUGAUCGAAGGAUCUUGGCUGCUAUUAGAUAAUGUCAACUUGACAUCAGCAGCCGUUUUAGAUAGAUUAAAUGGACUAUUAGAACCUAAUGGAGUACUUAGUAUACCCGAACGUGGUGAAGCGAGCGAAAUAAAACCCCACCCAAAUUUUAGGAUCUUUUUUACAAUGGAUCCCAAAUAUGGGGAAAUCUCUAGAGCAAUGAGAAACAGAGGUAUAGAGAUAUUUUUACUACGAUCUGAUGAAUUGAAUGUUAGGAUAACAGACACGGUGCCUUAUAUGGAUCUGAUUGCAUUAUUGUCAUCUUGUGGUUUACCACAAAAUUGUCAUGACGUAUGUCUCGAAUGCCAUGAAUUAAUGGCGUCAUUUAUUCAGGGGUUCGAGCGUCCUACAUUAUCACAUUUGCUUCAAGCAUCGCAUCUAAUAUCUCAACAACUAAUACGGGCCAUACCUUUCAAAACAGCUCUUGCAAGCGCCUUUGCUGAUGUUUAUAUAAAACCAAGAUGUGGGGGAGACUUUGCAUCUAACCUUAAUUUGUCACUAGCAGAAACAAAAAAUACUAUGGUCAAGGCAUUGCAAAAAAUAUUACAUCAAGUGGAUUGCAGUAUUCAAAAGUCAAAUAAUGUUAACCAUACAUUGACAGUGAAAGGAUUAUGUAUAAAUUCUUCAAAAGAAACUACAAACCAAAUUGAGUAUGUAGUCUCCCAACAAAUUACAGACACCUCAUCGCCCAACACUGAUCCCUUGUUAUGUAGUCUACUUGCCUUAUUCACAGCAUACCAGAAAUGCCCAUAUCAAGAUUUAUACAUUUUACACGAUUUGAUCAGUAAUAAAAUAAGGUUAAUGAACAAUAACAACUUUAAGGAAAUUAUGAAACAGAAAAACGACGAAUUGUUUGAAGAUCUUGGUCAAUCCCAAAACGGUAUAUGUGCAAUGUAUAAACGAUUUUACCCUGAAUCAUAUCUAUUAGAUGAAAACUUUGUCAGUUCUACCAAUAUUCAAACACUUUUAAUAUUUAAUAAAAUUUUGAAGUCAUUAGUAGAUCACAGUAAGGAUUUUUCUGCGCUUGACUAUUCAAUUGCCCUGCGUUCAAACAAUUUGAGCGACGAUUUUCCGGAAUAUCCUAUAUUAUCCAGAUGUCAAACGUAUUUAGACACUAUCGACUACAGUAUCAUUCGCGCAAUAGAAAACAGUGCUAGAAAAAUAAAUGAUAAAAUGGCGUGCUAUAUUAUUCAACUGCUAAAUUGGAGACGAAGAUUCGCAAAUAUAUGUUGUACAGGCAUUUUUGUUACUGAUAAAAAAGGAAGGAAAAUUUUGAACGACGAAAUUGUAAAAUUAUUGUACGUACAUAGUAAAUGGCUUGAAAAACAUUUGUUUGGUGUACUGUGUAAUGAUGUCGAUCCCAUAAUACUGAAUGAAUAUACAAUGAUUACUGAAAGCAUAAUGCACGAAAGCGAUAAAGAGGAUUCAGUAAUGACUAAAUUAACCAAAAAACUCAGAAAAUUAUAUGGUCAACCAAAACUAUAUAAAAAUCAAGAUGAAUAUGACUUGUGUGUAGCAAGAUCCAAGUUAAACAAUAAAUUAACUUUGGACUUGACUCAGUCACUUGGCAAACAAGUGAAUAAACUGUCGAUAGAUUUUGCAAAUGUCACUGAUUUAUCUCUUGCCUUUGAUGUACCUGAUAAAAAUUCAGUAACAGUAAUUGAAGAUAAUAUAUUAAACUCAAUGGAAAAUGUAAGAACACCAAGUAAAUGGCAAUCAGAAGUAAAACUUCUGCCUAUAAACGCAUAUGUUAUACAAAGAGUACUAAGUAUUGUGAAACAAGAAUUUUUGAAAAUAUUCAACAAUGUAUCGUUGAUAGAAACAAAGGGACUGAUUUACCAAUCAUACUUAUUGGUCCCAGUUAUUGAUAUAUUAACAAACGUUAUACACAUCAGCAAGACGACUAAAGGGCUUUCACCAUCUCUUGUGAAUAUGUUAAUCUCUAUUGAGAAACUUCUUAAUGGCAGCUCUGAUGUACUACUACAUGAAAGGUUGUCAUCAAUACCAGUAAGGUUCUGGGAAAAAUUCUACCGAGCAUUGGUAUUUUCUCCUGCCUUUUAUCCUUUGGCAUUCUUUAAUACAAGUGAAGCUACGCCCAGUGAAGAUCUUGUAGAAACUGUGCCCACUAGUGGAAAAAGAUUGUCAGCUAAUCUCCCAUUACUACCAUAUUAUGUACAGAAACUGACAUUGUUUGUUAAUAAUGAUUCCCGUCAUUUGCCAGCAUAUGAAACAAUAUCGCUAGAAGGCCGUGCAAAUUACAGCAUACUAUUGAAUACAGCAUUGAACACUAUAUUUAAGAAUAUCGCAACACUAGACAUCACUGCUUCUUUGAAAAUUAAGUCUGAUGCUGAAUUCGAAACUAAGAAAUAUGAACAGUUACUUAAUUACUUAAACUUAUCCAUAACUCCAACUAAAUCAAAGGACGAGCAAAGUGCAAAUAAUACUUUCACAGAAAUGAUAGAGAAAUUACAAAUGCAAAUUGUUAAAGAGAGCCAUUACUGCAACUUAUUAAUGGAAGCCCAGAAUAUUUACACUGAGCUAUUGAUUUUACUGCAAAAUGUAAUUACUGAGAUCAAUAGGGUGAAAAUAUUAACUGCUGAGUUGUCGUUACUAACGAGUCUUUUGUUUACAAAAUUAAUGACAGAAAUUAGACCAGUUGAUCAUGUUGAAAAGCAUAAACUAAAAUUGAAAUAUAUUGACGAGGAUAUCAAAAUGUUUGAUGCGUUACUUAGCACUUAUUACCUUCACGGUGUGGUCACUGGGACUAUACCAGAGAAAAGGAAAAUUAAUAUGGCAUCAGAUGUAACUGUAGAGUGUUUGAGUGCAAAUAGCAAGGAUUUAGUUAAGGUACACCCAUAUUGUGCUGAAUUGAUUGCACUGAAAGAAGAAACAGUGAAGAGAGUGCAUAAAUAUGCAUUAGAUAAUACAUUCAGGCCUGCAACUCCAUCUUAUAGUGAAUUUGUCAUGGACUGUAAACACUUCAAAAAAUCUAUAUUAUCACCUAAAACAACACAAGACUUUACCAAUAGUCUUAUAAAUGUGUCUAAUAAUUUACUGAAUCAAUUAAAAACUCAAAUCUGUCAAGUAAAUGAUAUAAAAAAAGCACAUACAGUUGUUAAAGAAACAACAUCUUGGUUGUUCUCAGUGAAUACAUUUUAUAACAAACUACAAAAGUAUUCGGAAGCGUUUCCUGAUUUAGCAAAACCGUUGCAAAGUUCUAUAUCUCAAAUGGUCUAUAGUGUUACAUCAAUAAUUGAUUUGAUCAAAGAAAUAACUAUAAAGAUCGAUCAAGGACCAGUAUUAGAGGAAGUUGUAAGAGAUUUACUAAUAUAUCCGAAUCACAUAGCAAAGAAUGAUGAAAAAGAGGAAUAUCUUAAAAGAUUCGUGUCCGAUAAGUUUAGAGCUUUAUUGAAUAAAAAUAUGGUUGCUGCCAGUGAAGACCCUUACAAUGCAGAGUUGGAGAAUAUUCAAUUAUUGAAAAUGAAUUUGGCUGAAUUGAAAAUAUACUACACCGCAUCGGAGCACAUUGAUGAAGCUACUUUUGGAUGCAUUCUAUUGACGCUCAAUGAGUUGGUGGAAGCGUGGCAAAAGCAACAGCAACAAAUAGAACAGAAAAAACAAGACGAUGACGCGUUAUAUGUCACUAAAUCAAAAUGCGAGGAUGAAAACGAAGAAGAAAUUGCAGAACAAGAGAUAAUGGAAAUGUUUCCAUCAUAUUCAGACAUUGAUUUCGGUGAAUUUAAGCCACCCAGUCUUGAACAGAAGACUAAGAAGACUCAAAGUAUAGAUAAUAAACCAAAACUGUUUUUAAAUCAAGAAGACAUAUCAUUGGUUUAUGAAUGGCAUUCAAUAUUCGUUCGAAAUAUAACACGGACGGAAUGGUUACCCAGCCCAAAGAAUUUGUUAGGGUGUAAUGCAGUAAUGCCAUUACUUCAAAGGUAUCCCACAUUUAGCCGCAUAAUGCAGAAUGCUUGGGAAGCAUUAGACGCAGAUUUUGAGGGAAUUAUGACACCAAGUCUAAUGCUGAUUAUAUCGCAGAUAAAAACGAAAGUUGAUGGCAAUGAGCCGUCAAGUCAAAAAGUGGAUUUCUACCGUUCCGCGUGGGUUUCCGAAACCAGACAAUGUGUUCCUUUACUUUACAAAGUAAAGGAGGCAACAAACGAACUUCUGGACCAAUGGCCCGAUUUCCCGACUUUGAAAGAUAUAAUUGUAAUCGUGAACAGAAUCCUGAACUUCCCCUUGUCAAGUCCUGUAUCUCGCCUUCUCACUGGACUAGAACUGCUCCGCGACAAGAUUGAGGAGUGGAACAAAAACGCGCAUAAGGGCAACAAUAUGAUUGACAUCUCAUUGGCCGUCGGACAACAGAUUGUGAAUUGGAGAAAACUCGAGAUGUCACAGUGGAAGGAGUGCCUUAAUAAUAUGUAUGACAGGAAACGUUCAGAAGCUCACAAAUACUGGUUCUAUAUGUAUUCAGUUGUGAUAUCGUAUUUGGAUGCUAAUGCUGAUGAUGAAAUAGUACCUGCGUCUAAAGUGACGUCUGUACUCAACGAGUUCAUGGAGAAAUCUAACCUUGUCGAGUAUGAAGUGAGACUGGACAUCAUAUAUAUGUACCAUUGUCAUCUGGUACAUUUGGAGCCCAGUGACAGAAGAGAUGAAUUACUAUCGAUAUUGUGGAAUACAUAUAAUUAUUAUUCGCAAUUUAAAGCACAAGUAUCUACGCAUGUAAAAGAGAAACGUGCACCAAUAGAAAAGAAACUGCGCGACUUUGUGAAAAUUUGCACUUGGGACAGAGACCUUAGCUAUUGGAGUGUUAAAGAUACGGUGGAAAAAGCACAUAAAGCUCUUCAUAAACAAACAAAGGAAUUUGAGAAUGUUCUCAAAGAGCCUGUGGCCAAUUGCUUGGUGGAUAAUAGCAGCGAAGACAACACAGAUCAUGUCGGCAUCUGGGAUCGGCCGAAACGAGCUGCAAGCGCGCCUGUAGGCGGCGCCUACAUGAUAGAUGUGUUGAAUUUCAUACUGCUCACUAGAAAUAUAAAGAAAUAUCUGGACAAUGCUGAUCAACCAUGUCAGGCCAUAACAGAAGGAUCUCUCUUGUCGAAAGUGACGAAUUUGUUGAAUAAAGCAAAGACACUGUGCAAAGAUACCAUGACGAAUUCUAGCUAUCCAUCUAUGGUGCAGGCAUUGGAUGAUUUUGUAACCCUCGUCAUUGAGACCAGUACCCAUCUGGGUUCAUUAGAGGUAGAUUCAACUCUACCAAAAGAGAAGCAAACAUCUCAAGCAAAGAACAUAAUACAACAGAAGCGUAAAGCUCUUGCAGAUCUUUUCAAGUAUCUCACUAAAAUGGGUCUCAACUACCGCACUGGUCUUGUCAUAUUGGCGGCUAGCGAGGACUUAUAUGACUUCACAAUACCGCCCGUGGAUGUAGAUGCUGCUUUACAAUACUUAAAGAACCGACGUUGUGAUGCAUCUCUAUCACUCCUAUGGUCGGGCUGCGAAAAGUACUUUCAGAAGAACAUAGCACGACAUCGACUUCUUACCGCCGCAUUAUGUUCCCCACACCAAGACCUGGGAAUUCAAAACAUUGAGCGGUGUAAGGGAUUCGCCGCGCAGUUGUUGAAAUUGACCAACACUCAAAAGAAAUCCAUAUCCAAAUACUCCAGACACCUUUCCGAUUUACGCACGGUCACUACAAACCUGACGAACGCAUUAGAAAUUGAUACUACUACUACUAAUGUAUCGACAGUGAAUCAAAAGCUUUCUAUAUUGGCUGAGUGUAUUACCAAUGUUACCAUAUUAUUAGAACAGUUUAGUGUAUUACUAAAAUCAUGUCCAGAAAGAACAAUCGAUUUAGAAUCUAAUCCCAAUAUCGAUGCUGUACUUUCGAAUUCUUCGAUAGUACGUUGUUACAAAAAUAGUGACGAAUGGAACGAAUUGUACAAAAGAAUCAAAUCUAUCAUAUCCGAUGUACAUAAACUAAAAACAGAAUUAAAUAAAUUAAUAUUGUUCCCUAAGAAAAUUGGCAGAAACACUCAGUGUUUGCAAGUAAUUUCACAAAGUCACAUCGAUAUGGCAAACGGAGCUAAGAUUAAAUUGCGGAAAAUUGCAAGUAAUGUUGAUAGUAUUCUGCAAGAAUAUCAGAUCAAAUUUAAUUCUGAAAUUGUUAAUUAUGUACCUCAUCAUCCAAUGAUGAGAAGUAUUGUUGAAUUAAAGGAAUAUUUAAUGGAUACUAUCAAUCAAAUUGAUAAGCUAGAUAAAGGUAAUGAUGUUGUGAUGGAAGAAUCUUCAACUAACAGUUUACUUGGAAAAGCAGAAGAUUUGUUAGCAACUACAUUGCUGGUUAUUCAAUCGAUAUAUAAAAAGCAUUUACCUGUAUUGAGUGGUAGUAAUGCAGAUAUAUUAGACGCUAUCGAUAAAGUUAUUGAUAGUGAAAAAGACAAAGAAGAAUCUAAAGAUAUUUUGGAAGAUAAACAUUUGAAACAACAUUUGCAAGAAAAUUUAACGAGCGAUGGAAGGAUGCUUCAAUUAGAAACUAUAAUAAAUAAAACAAACGACUUAUUAGAAAAUUAUGUACAAUUGAUGUGUAAUCAAUCAGAUACCAAUGAAGAGAAAAAUGUCUUGAUGAGAUUGAUUCCAAUAUUGGAACAAACAGUAUUGUUUGUACAAUAUUUCGUUACACAGAAAGUGGCAGUCCACAGAGUUUCUUGCAAGAUGUUGUCAGUAUUAUUAAAAAUAUUCUCUGAUCUAGCAGCAAAAGGGUUCUGCAGACCAUCAGACUUAGAUACUGAAGAGGGUGAAGGUGAGGGCGGUCCUGGCAAACUGACAGGUGGAGUUGGUCUCGGUGAUGGUGAGGGUCAGAAAGAUAUUUCAGAACAGAUAGAGAAUCAGGACCAAUUGGAUGACGCGCAUCGUCCUGGGGAAGAAAAAACACAAGAGGAAAGAGAUUGCAAGGAGGAGGAGAAAGGCGUUAACAUGAGUGACGACUUCGACUCGCAUUUACAGGACGUCGAGCAAAAAGAAGGAAAUGAUUCUGAACAAGAGGAUGAUGAAGAAAACGCCGAUAAGCAGAUGGGCGAUACUGAGAACGCCGCUGAAAAACUAGACCAACAAAUCUGGGGUUCUGAAGAUGAGGAUGAUUUAGACGAAGAGCAAAACAAUAGCAAAGAAAAAGAAGAGAAAGGAAAGGGUGAGAGCACGGGCGAAAAACAGAUAAGUGCUAAGGAAGAAGAACAAGGCACGGAUGACGGGACAGAAGGGAAAGAUAAACAAAAGAAAAAAGACAUCAAUGAAAUGGAAGAACCUGAAAUUGAUGAUGAUCAUGUGGACCCGUACCAUGGUAAGCAGCAGCCGCUUCCAGAACCCGAGGACUUUGAGUUGCCAGACAAUACAGAUGUUGAUGGGGAUGAACAGGAUAAUGAUAAUGAUGGUGAAACAGAGACCGAAAAUCCAUUCGAAAUACCAGUAAUGGCUGAGGAUAUGCCAGAACAUAAAGAAGACGAUGGUGAAGAAGAGAAAGAGAAUAGAAAUGGUCUAGAUGUGUCAAGUGAUGAAGAAAAUGGCGACAAUCAAGAUAAUGAAGAGACGGAAAAAGAAGACACAAAUAAACCACAAGAUGACCAGCCUGAAAGCGCAAAUGAAGAAGACAGUCAGGAGGCUGAGAAAAAAGAGGAAGGUACUGAAAAUGAAGACAAAGGGGACACAUUUGAAGAAAAUGCCGAAGAAGAAACACCUGAUAAACCAGAAGAGAAUCUCCCAAAGAAUCCCGAUGAUGUAGAUAAAGAGGAUGAAGUAGAACAGAAGAAUCUUGAGGCGAAUCCACAAGCGAAUCCAUCAAACAAUGAUCCGACGGCAGAAGAUAGAGCUGAGAACGCAGAGAUGGAUAGGGGAACUAAUGAUAACGUUGAAACUAAUGCCGAACAACUUAAAGAUGAGGAAGCCGAACUUAAAGAACAAUCGCAAAAACAAGUGGGUGAUGAGAAACAAUUGACGGGCCGAUCAGAGUUGGACAAGAGCGAUAAAGGACAUCGCGGUGAGAAGCAAGCCGCUAGUCGCGCCGACGCCACCGAACAAAAACAGAAAGAACGCGAGAACAAGCCGGGAAGCACGGAUCAGGAACGGACGCUAGGAAACGUAAAUGAAACGAAGCAUAAGCAGAUGCACACAUUAAACAUGGAAAGAGAAGACGAAGGGGAAGAGGAAUCUGGUGAUAAACAUGAUGAAGAUAAGAAUGCCGACGCAUAUCAACACGUGAAACAAGCACAGAAGGACGACAUGCAGGCGAUAGACGCAGCUACAAAAGAACAAGCAGAUCAACAACCCACAAUACAGCAAGAAGAAGAAGAGGCAGAGAAACUAAAAGAGGAUGAAGAAGUACCUAUGGACAUUGAUGACGACGAUAUUCAGAUUACAAAGUCUGAAGAACUCAAGCCAGAGAAAAUUAAAAAUGGCUCGGAAAAGGAUGAUGAAAAGUCUGGAAAGAAUAAAGAAGGAGGCGAAGAGCCAACAGGUGAAACUGGCAUCGAGGUAGAGGGUGAGCAAGUGCUUACAGCAAAUGUACCAAGAGGCAAAGAUACCACUUAUCACACAAGAUUAGAUGACAAUCAGCAGCAUACAGAAGAGAUGACAGUAGAGGAAUAUAUGAGUAUCCGCGAGUGGGUCCAGCGUGGUUCUCACCAGGGUCCGUGUUCGAGCGGAGUAUGGAGAUCGCUUUGGCAAGAAUCAGCCGGGGCCGCGCGGGCGCUCUGCGAGAGACUGCGCCUCGUGUUAGAGCCUACUGGACGCUCUAGGCGAGCAGGCGAUUUCCGGACUGGUCGAGCUAUAAACAUGCGGCGUGUGAUUCCGUACAUCGCGUCGCAGUUCCGUAAAGAUCGCAUCUGGUUGCGGCGGACGAAGCCCGCUAAACGUGAAUACAGCAUCGCCAUCGCUCUCGACGACUCCAGCUCUAUGGCCGACAACCGGAGCAAAGAGCUUGCAUUUGAGAGCCUCGCUCUAGUAUCGCAGGCUUUAAAUCUGCUGGAGUCUGGCGAUCUUUCCAUUCUCAGCUUUGGCGAGAAACCUAUUCUUCUCCACCCAUUCACUGAACAGUUUUCGGAGCACUCAGGCUCGAAGAUUCUAGAACAAUUACGCUUCGAACAAACAAAAACGAAAGUAGCUCAACUACUAGACUUCUGUUCAGUUUUGUUCGAGGAACAAACAGUGAGGAGCGACGCUGUAAAUGCAAAACUAUUGGUGAUAGUUAGCGACGGGCGAGGGAUUUUCUCCGAAGGAGAGACCCGAGUAUUACAAGCAGUACGCAGAGCAAGACAGCAAGGAAUAUUCUUAGUCUAUGUUAUCAUUGACAAUCCAGAUAAUAAGGAUUCAAUCAUGGACAUCCGUCGACCUCUCAUAGACCCAGUUACAAACAGUCUCGGCGGUUUCGUACCUUAUCUCGAUACUUUUCCAUUCCCGUUUUACCUAAUACUCCGGGAUAUGUCGGCUCUGCCUACAGUCCUAGGAGAUGCUCUUAGACAAUGGUUCGAAUUAGCCGCGAAUACUGUUAGCUAGUAUUAUAGUAUUGUAUAAGUUUAAGGGUUGCUUUUUUAUGUGUACAAAAUGUAACAAAAAAAAACACUAUUUUGUUGUUAAAAUUUUUUGGACAACUUUGUUAAUUAGGUAUAUCAAUUAUAAUUAAGUGCUGUGAUUAUUAUAUGACUGCAUUGUAUUAAAUAGUUGAGAUAUAAUAAGAAAUUGUGUAAAGUAUAUUUUCG